AUGGGAGUUGGAGAUGUAGAUGGUGAUGGAUAUUUAGAUGUUGCUCUUGUUGCAGUAAAAGAAGGAGGAAAUAUAAAGAAGCGUCAUUUUCAAUUAGCAGCAGAGUUUGUUGCAACAGCAAAAGGAGAAACUCUUCUUUGUAAUCGUGUUGCCUUCUUUGAUUUCCAUGAAAAGGGAGCAUUAGAUGUUCUCUGUCAAGGGCAGCCUCAGGGAUCCCUUAAUCAUCAGCAGCAGCAGCAUGACCAGGAGCAGCAGCAGCAGCAGCAGCAGCAGCAGCAGCAGCAGGAGCAGCAGCAGCAGCAGCAGCAGGAAGCAAAUCCAUUUAAUACAAUAAGAGUAUUUAUUCGUUCUCCUGAUGCAACAAGAGACAGUUUAUUCUUUAAGGUUAGUUCAUUAAAUGGUGUUUGUCCUUUUUCUUUCUGUUUUAAGCAAACCCUAGCUCCUCUACAGCAGCAGCAGCAGCAGCAGCAGCAAGGACAGCAGCAGCAACAGCAGCAGCAGCAACAGCAACACCAGCACCUUGUUGCUGAUACCAGCAGCACCACCACAAGUGGCGUAGAGGGAGCACUGCAUGCAGCAGAAGGCAGAAUCAUUGAACUGCAGCAGCAGCAAGGACAGCAGCAACAGCAACAGCAGCAGCAGCAGCAGCAGCAGCAACAUUCCCUUCAAUCUGUUCCUGAUCUACCUCCCCCUUAUGGCGCUGCUGCUGUCGGCGCAACAAUGAAGAUAACAGUGACAGACCUUAAUGGCACCAAGACACCGCGUGCAGGUGUCCAAUUACCUCAAAGUGCUCAUGGUCCUUUAUCUCUUCCUUUUGAAUUAUUUGGAUUGGGGCAAACAAAUAAUUAUGUUGAAGAAUUCUUCUUAGGAUUACCUCUUAAUCAAAUCACAGCCCAUAAUAUGUGGGUCUCUUUAAUUCCUAAUUCACAAGUAGUAGUGAUGCCUUAUCCAUUAGAUAAACCUUCAUCAUGGCAACUUGAGCUGUCUGUACACCCCAGUAAAAGCUUUAUUAAUAUUCUUAUU